AUGACAGUGACCCCAAAGAGUAGACCCCUAACUCGACAGGCUGCAGAACUGCAGGAAGAGCAGCGCAAGAAAUGGAGGGAGGAGAAACGGACUCAGAGGCAGUUGUGGACUUCCCAGAAGUGGAGAAGACAUCGCGAAAAGUGUGUGCGAUACAACCGGAAGCGACGCGAAGAAACACGAAUGCUGACUGCUGCUUCUCAGGCACAUCCUGAAGCUGCAGGAGAUGGGGAGAGUUUUACACCAAAAUCACCAUCUUGCAAUGUGUACUCGCCUUCACCAACUAAACUCAAGAUAGCCUACAAGUCUGCGCUUCAUGAUGCCAAGCGUCACAGGAGCAAAGAAUCUCUGGCAAGAAGGCGACUUCUGACAAGUCUCCUGAACCCGGAGCUAGAUGCUGACACCAAGAACCUGUACCAGAGGAAAAAGGCUUCUGAGGUAUCGUGCGCAGCACGCGAGUUCCUGGAGGACAGCGCUGCCCAUGUCCCUGGGAAGCAGACCAUUUCCAAAAGGACAGGGGUCCAGAAGAAGAUAUUACCAAAACGACUUAAGAGGCUGCACAAAGAAUUCCUUCAGAAGAACCCUGGAUCACAGAUUUCCUUGAGGACACUCUAUCGAAUCAUGCCUAAGCACAUCCUGUCGUCAAAGAGGUUGAAAUUCAACCAGUGCUUGUGCGAGGUGUGUGCAAAUAUAGACCUGAAGCUGGACGCCCUUAACAGACACCUAGAGGAUCCAGUGGAUGGGAGGGAUUUACUGUCAGAGGCAAGUUUGUGUGCAGGCGAGCCGCAGCAAUCUUGCCUAGACAGACAGUGCUUGAAUUGUGGGGUUGCCCAAGCCAGGGCCAGAUGUCAACUUAAGACCGACUCCCAGGGCGAUGCCCUGACAAAGUGGAGGAGCUGGAAGAUUGUGGACACCCCAAGAGGGAAAAGGCGGGAGCUCGUUACAGAAGAAGGGCUCAUUGAACGCCUACUUGACAAAUUGAUGGAAGAGCUACAGCCAUUCUCGAGACACCUGGCGAAUUUCAGGUGGCAGUACCAACAGUUUCGCACUUUGAAGUGUAACUUGCCGCCUACAUGGGCCCUUGUGGUGAUGGACUUUGCUGAGAACUUUCUUUGCAAGUAUCAAAACAAAGUCCAAAGCAUAUACUGGUUCUACAAUCAGGUCACAGUCCAUCCUUGCGUGCUCCACUAUGCCUGCAAAGAU